CUAGAGUGCUCAGUGUAACUCAAGUACUCGCGCCUUCUACACGCACAAAAUGUCAGACGCAGAACAAGCGACUUUGUGGGCAGAGCUAACCAGUCCUAUAAAUCUGGUUCUAGUGGCAUUUAUUGUGUACCUUAUCUACAAGAUUAUACAGUCUAAAUUUGAAUCAGACAUCGAAGUCCCGCCGCCUCCACCAGCUUUGCCAAAGAUUCGUAAGGAUUUCACAGUAGCAGAAUUAAAGGAGUACGACGGUACUCGGCCUGAUGGAAGAGUAUUGUUAGCUGUUAAUACUGUAAUUUUCGAUGUCACAAAAGGAAAGAGAUUUUAUGGACCUGGUGGACCUUACUCAGCCUUCGCGGGAAGAGAUGCUACCCGCGGUUUAGCAACAGGGCAAGUUGCAUCCAGCGACAAAGACUGGGAUGAUGUCAGCAAUUUGUCUCCAGAUGAGGUCGCCUCAGCCAAAGAAUGGGAAGAGCAGUUUAGAGAAAAAUAUGACAUCGUCGGGCGCUUGUUGAAACCUGGUGAACAACCAACGAAUUACGAUGACGAAACUGAGGAUAAGAAAUCCCAAUAGUAUAAAUAAGUUUUAUCGUGGUUCAUUACAAAUAUUUUUUUUAUAGAAAUUUGGAUAUAAUGUUGAGUGUUGAUUUAUAAAUAAAAUGUUUUAUAAGGUAA